CAAAAAUAUGGGAUCAUCUAUUGCAAAAGGCAUGAAGGAGAAUUAAAAGGAAAUGCAGAAGGAAAUGCAAAAGAAACAGUUGGACAUGAUGUUAAAAUAAAGAUAGACUUAAAUGGCUAUGUAAUUUGCUUCAGGCAAAGAGUUUUUCCAUUGGUAUGCUUCCUUUUAUGCUCUUAUAUUUCCAUUCUGCAUUAUGGGGGCAUUGAAAAAGAAAGUAAAACAGAUGAUAAUUUAAGUUAGAGUCCAUUGCCCAUAAUUCCUUUGGUUCCUCUGGGGUUUGUGUGUGGAUAUCAAUACGAUAUGUAUUAUGGGUAAAGAAAUUAAAAUAUUGAAGAGACAAAUUGAAGAGGAUAAGAGAGGAGGCAGAAAGACUGAUUGAUAGAGAGCCUCAACUAUUCUACUUUCCCAAGAAUGCCGAUAUAGUGUCAUAAGAAGAAUAUGAAGAAAUUUUGGGGAUAAAUAAAAACAACAAAUGA